AAAUUAUUGGGUGUUGCUUGUCAUCAAUCCCGGAGCUGAGAUGAUAUAUUAUAUGGAUUCAUUGCCGGGGGGACAUCCUAACAUUGACGUUGUAAGAAAAAAGUUCAUGAAUGCCAUGUGUAUUUGUCGUUCCCUUCAUCUCAAGUUAAAAUCAAAGUCAAGUAUAAUCCCAUGGAUAGAAAUAAAGUGUCCUAUGCAAACUAAUGGCAUUGAUUGUGGCUAUUUUGUCAUGCGAUUUAUGAAAGAGAUAAUAUUGCCAAAUCAAGACAUGAUCCCCGAAAAUUACUUUGGAGAUUACAAAUGUAAAACCUAUUCUAAAGAUAAGCUAGUUGAGGUCGAGGAGGAUUGUGCAACCUUUACGGUCGAGUAUCUUAGUGAGUUUCAUUUUCUUUUUCAACAAUUUUCAUUUGCGUUUUUUAAUUGA